AUUCCCGUAGCGCUUAUUCGUUUUUACUACAAAUGCAUCAGUAGGCAUUUAUAAACAGCAAUAUAUCACUUGUGAACCUCUUGAUUAGUGAUUUUUUUUUUUUAUUGAAGACGUCUUGCUCAUUUGGGGUCUAUAUUACGGUGUUCCAGUGAAAGUAUGGUCUAAUCAUCAAACCAUAGAAGGAUGUUGUUUAUGAAGAUAAUAAAGCGGCUUUAAUUCCUUUAGGCUCUAAGGUACCAUGUCAUUAUUACUAGUUUAUUAGUGUAGAAUAGUGAAUGAGUGCUGAGAUUCAGUCCUACAACUCCCUCCUUUCAAAAGGGAAGCUCAAGCUAUAAGCUGGUUUUUGCAGUGCAUUUCGCCCAUGAAAAGGAAAGACAAAACGAAUAUGAUGGUGGAUCAAAGGAGCUGACUUUAAAGCUGACGUUGAGACAUUGUCAGGACUCUUCUGUUUGUCUGUAGAAAUGGAGUUUCCAGGUCAUAGUCAGCAGCUCUUGGCUUGUCUGCGCUCUCAGCGUCUACAAGGUUUCCUUUGUGACUGCGCUGUGCAGAUCGGCCCGACUCGCUUUGUAGCUCAUCGUGCUGUGCUGGCAUCUUUCUCUCCCUUUUUCCAUAUGUUCUACUCCGAUCAGUCAAUGGGAAAUACGAGCUCAGUCAACGGAGGGCCCCUGAGAGACACAGUCACCAUUAAUGGCGAUAUAGUGACCCCUCAAGCCUUUGGACUGAUUCUCGAUUUUAUGUAUGACGGAGUGCUUCGUUUGGAAGCCCACCCCCCUCCAGAGGACGUGCUUGCUGCAGCCAGCUUCUUGCACAUGAAUGAUGUGGUGCGAGUUUGUAAGAGAAGACUGCAGGGUCGUGGACUGGCCGAGGCGGAUAGCACAAGAGUAGAAGUUGGAGCAAACGAGUUAGCUAAAACUGGAGAAGGGCUUGAUGGGUCACCUCAAGAGGACAUGCCUGGUGCCGAAACAGAAAGUGUAUUAGGACGAGAUGGACCAGCGACAGUUGGAAAUCCAUCCUUAUCCUCUUUAGCACAUUGUCCUCAGUCAAUCCAACAGAUGUCACUUUAUAUUGAUACCAAGACUGAGACACAAGCAGGCAUGGGCAAUGUCCUCACACACAGUGGUGUAGAAAGUUCAGAGAUGGCUGACACUACUCAGCCAGGAAUGGACUCUCAGUUACCCGUUAGCAAUUCUUGUCCAGGUUUGCCUGCAUGUAGUGCUUCACCUAGGCAUGACAAAACAAGAAUAUCUGCAAGAUCAGCUAGCCUUGAGUCUGCAUUUUCAGGUCCAUGCAGUUCGACGGAACAAAUUCAGAUAAGCACAGAGAUCCAACCUGUUGUAGCCUCUGCAAUGACACUGAACAAUGUAGACAACACCAGCACUGCCCACUCGGUCUCCAAUGAACCUGGCAUGUUAGUGCAUACCAACAGUCUGCCGAGUCAAACCGUAAAACCCAUUCAAGACCAGAAAAAUGGGCGGUUCACUGGAAAUCCUAGGUUGUCUCAACACAUACCGUAUGAAAGGAGGCCAGGGCACAAAAAGCCUCUCCCUCGAAUUUCAACCAAUUCCUCAGCAGUAGGGGAGGAAAAUGAGGAAGGCAUCAAGGUGAAAGUGGAAGCCAUUGUGAUUUCUGAUGAGGAAUCUGAUGAAAUGGAUGAGGUCUUGGAUCAUGGUCAAAGGAGAAAUGCAGAUUUAGUUCACAGUGAUGAUUAUGAAGACAGUAACCAUGAUAUUGAGGAGCUCACCAACACUCAGUUCAUACCUGCUCACCCAAUAAUUCACCUUUCCCAUCAAGAGCCCAUCUCAUAUCCUUCUUCGCCACAAGGUCCUGGUACUUCUGCGACAGACAAUACUGGAUUUUCAUCAUCUCUUUUUCCAGCCAUUUCCCAGCCAGAGCAACAGGCCAUGUACCUUGAGGAUUUUCAGGACUCUAUUGGGAACUAUGUAGAUGAUGUACCCACCUGUGACACCUGCGGAAAGACUUUCUCCUGUGCGUACACCCUGAGAAGACAUGCCAUUGUACACACCAGGGAACGGCCUUAUGAGUGCAGCUACUGUUAUCGAAGCUACACACAGUCAGGAGACUUGUACAGGCACAUCAGAAAGGCACAUGAUCAUGGCCUGGCGGUCAAACGCAGCAGGGUAGAGUCGGACCCUCCCCCAUCGCCGCCCUCUCCUCUACCCAAAACAUAGGCAUUAUUUGUGGCC